UUUCACUACGAUCUCUUUAGGCUGGUAACACCCACCGAUGGUCUCCAUGGAAACGUCGUCCACCACGCCGAAGGGGGAAAAGUAUCAGCGUUAGUUCUCUGACCUGGACAAGACAUACAAUACAGUCUUUGACAAAAUUGGUUAUUAUGAACCAAUUUCAGAAUUUGAUAAAUGACUGUCUUAUCGAUACAAAACACGUGGAAAGCGCGGUCAUUCUGGUUGCCAAGACUGCAGCAGUAACUGCGGCGUCUGCAAGGUUUCAGGUUCUUCCUACACAAGCCCAGAUUUUCGUAGACUCUUUCAAGCACAUGACAUCGACCAGAGAGCGGGGCUUCUACUUUCAAGACAAAGCAUACACCUGUGUCCGAGCUGACAGGAACUCCAUCUACUGCAAAUGUGGAACACAUGGCUUGAUUCUUGUGAAGACUGCUCUGUACAUUAUAGUGGCCACAUACAACGACAGCAUGUACCCUAGCGUGUGUGUGGAGGCUGUCGAGAAACUAGCUGUGUACCUCAAGGAAAAGGGAAAAUAAAGCAAGACCUGAAGAGGAGCAGCAUUCUGAUGGAUGAAACGGAUGAAGUGGAUUGGUCAAGUUAAACAGUUGCCUACAGGUCCAUGUUAGGCCACCUGCUAAGGAGGACAAACAUGUUUAGGAGAAAGUCGGUGUGCGUUUGUUGUCUUUCUAUGAACUCGCCCCUGUCCCCUCUCACAGUAUACAGGUUUAACCACUAGGUGGUAGUAAAUAGUAAAUAACCCAGCUGUGUGGUCCAAGAACAGUUUUUAGUGUUGAGAUCCUCUUAGAACAGGGAUUAUGACCAACCAUGGUCAAUGAGAUGCUGUAGUUCCAGCCCUGCUCUAUCACAUCUGAUUCUACUCCUCAGCAAACAGACAUGGUUUUGGGGCUUUGUGGCUAAAGGCCUUUUUAAACUGUCUCUGUUCAUCGCAGACUUUCUGUUCAAACGCUUCAAUUACUCUCCAACCCCCUCUGGUGAUAACAUGAUUAACCUAACUACACACUCGCACUUUACUCGCAUGAACACACACACACAACCUGACGCAGCCUUGAUGAGUGUUUCAGAGCUGAAGCUGUGUAAAUGCAUUUCCUCAUGUGAACAAAUAAAGGAAAUCUGUAACUGAGUCAAAACAUCCAAGAUCCCCCACCAUAUUUUACAGUAAGGAUGAGGUGUUUUCUGCAUAUGUGUAGUUUUUUCAGAAGGCCAAACCCACCAUCUGACCAUACCACUGCCUGGAGUUUGCUAAUUGGCUUUGACACUUGUAUUGUUGCUAUGGUUAUAUGACAUGAAAAUAGAGCUCUGGCCACACUGCAGCAGUGGCUUUGGCCUUCGAAAGAACAACACAUUUUCAGAAAAUACCUCAUCCCUACUGUAAAAUAUUGUGGUGGAUCUUUGAUGUUAUGAGGCUAUUUUGCUUCCGCUGGUCCUGGGGCCCUUGUUAAGGUCAACGGCAUCAUGAACUUUACCAAGUACCAGAACAUUUUUGCCAAAAACCUGGUUGCCUCUGCUAGGAGGCAGAAACUUGGCCGCAAGUGGAUCUUCCAGCAAGACAAUAACCACAAACAUAAAAUUAUAAUAAAUGU